AGAAAUAUGAUUUUGAGUUUUAAACUUUGCUGGAAUUUUAUUUUAUUUUUUACUUGUAUUUUUGGAUAUCCUUCUAGAAUUCCAAUACAGUCAUUCUCAACUGCUGGUGAUUUAGCUUUAAAUUUUACUGUUAAUCGUCUAAAUUCUGGAACACCCAGCACAUUUCUGCUUGCACAUAAAAACAGGCAACUUCGAAUGGCCGUAGAUGAUAGUUGGGGAAUGAUUGCAAAAAUUUGUACUGAACUUCAAUCAGGAUUUAUGUUAAUGCUUAUGGGAGAGAGUAAUCAAAGAAGUCACGAGGCUUAUAUGUCUGUUGUUAAUGCCCUAGAAAUUCCAUUAAUUAAUUGGGAAUUAUCCCCUCAUGCAUUUUUGCCAAACACGCCAAACAAUUUUGAGGCAAGUAUAAAACCUCCAAAUGCCCAAUUAUUAGCUGAUUUAUUGUUAAUGAAAGGAUGGAAUAAUUUUGUUUAUUUUCAUGAUUCUGAUAUUUCUAAUAGAGCAGCACAAAAUCUUCGAAUGAUUUAUUUACAUUUAAAUGGAAGAACAAAUAAUUCUAUUAGUUCAGAAAUGUUACAAUUACCAAAAGAUGUUGAACAAUUUGGGGAAUUUUUGAGACAAUUUAAUUUAAAACGUUUUAAAUUAAAUUUAACAGAAAAUAUUAUUUUGGAUACGAAAAAUAAUUAUAGACAACAACAAUUAUUACAAGCAAUACGUUCAGCACAAUUCAAUCAACAAAAAUAUAAUUAUGUUGUAGCUAAUUAUGAUUUUUUGCCCUAUGAUGUUGAAAUGUUUCAACAAGGUAAUAUAAACAUCACUGGUUUUCAAAUAAUCGAAAGAGAAAAUCGAGAAUUUGCUUUACUUAAAAGACAAAUUGAAUUGGCAAUAAAAGACUUAAAUGAAAAGCCGGAUUUGGAUUUGGAAACAAGACUAGCCUUUGUGCAUGAUGCUGUUCUUGUAGCUAAAGCAGCAUUAGAGGCUACUUUACGUAAAAACGAUUCCCUUUUCAGAAAAAAUUUUCGUCAUGGAGAGCUUUACAAUAAAAAUUUUCCUGGAAUUUAUUGUUAUCCAAGUAUGGAUAAACAAAAUUCGAAUAGACCAUUUUUGACAUUUGAACAUGGACGUUUAAUUUCUAAAGCAAUUACGAGUUUAAAAUUGAGUGGGUCUACUUCGGGUACUUUAAGUGGACAAGUUGAAUUUGAUCGGGAUGGGGUACGCAAAAAUUUUUUGGUUACAGUAAUUGAUUUGACAUCAGAUACAAAAUCUGCAUUCAACAAAAAAGAACUUCUUAUUUGGAGACAUUCAACAGGAUUUUUAAAAGACCGAACAGAGGCACAUUGGCGACAACAAACACAAAAUUCUCGUUCUGGGCAAUCUGAGGGGGGACCUAAAAAGAUUGUUAGAGUUGUUACUGUAAGGAGUGAUCCUUUUGUUAUGUUAAAAAGGGAAUGUGAUCCAGCAAAAGGUGGAAAUCAGCUUUUACAUGAACGUAAUGAAGAAUUUAAUUUUGAAAUAUUUAUUUCAAGAAAUAACCAAUAUGGGGCUAGACAGCCUGAUGGAAUUGGACACCUUCUUAGAGGAGAAGCCGAUGUUUCUGUUGCUUCUUUAACAAUUAAUCAAGAUAGAGAAAGAGUUGUUGAUUUUUCUAAACCUUUUCUAACUACAGGGAUUAGGUAG